AUGACAGAGAAUCGGAUCGAGGAAAAGGAUGCUCUCCUGGCUAGCCUUGACCUCAAAGAUCUGAAGCUAGGAAUUGACGGAGAAGAAAAAUAUUUCAGCGAGAAGGAAAUCGGUGGCAUAACUACCGAGGGGCAAUCGGUAACGGUCAGGGCACAUAGCAACACCUUCCACUAUCAGAAAAGGUACAAUUUCCGGAGUCGAUUAUGGGCCGUUGUAUAUGCCGAGAAUAAGCUGUGGGUUGCGGGUUUGUCUGGCACUACGAAGCCGAGCACUAUAGAUACCUCAUUUUCUGUGAUGGUAGAUGAGUUUCUUGCCGUUCCCGAUAAGCUGGAAGGAGAGGGGAAGGUAACGACCGUCGAAGCUGCAAAGCUCUUCAGGAUGGGUGACUAUCCUCUUCGGCCGGGCUCCCCUAAUCUCGAGAACGAGCGUAUCGUGUUUGAAGUUUCCCAAUUGCGCGCUAGGGGUUACUCAGUAUGCACCAGCUGA